AUGGCUCCCGAAAAUGAGGAUGUCGUCUCGAGCAGCGGACUGGCCGGCGAAGAGGGCAACAGUAUUGGUGAUAACGCUUCUCAUGACCUUCCGGCAACAUCGGAGAUGAAGGAAGAAGUCGACGAGGCCAGUUUUCUCCGGAACAUUACUGCCGAUAUCAGAGAUCAGGAUGAUCUGGAACGAGACAUCACGGCACAGGCAAAUGCCGCAUUGAUGGAAGCCGACGAAAAGAGGGACCAUCAGCGUAUUGAAAAGCUCGAGACCACAAGAGAAAAGCUUCAGAAUCAAAGAGCGAAGGAGCGCCAGAAUCUUGAUAAAGAGCGUCGCAACCCAUACAAAUCUCGGAAGAUCCAGACCCAAAUCGACAAGCUCGACAAAGAGAUUGAGGAUGUGAACAACGACAUUUCCGAUUUUCAGGCCCGCAUAGAGAGGAGGCGCGAAGAAGCUGCAGCGGCAGUAGACGAAUCGUCCAAGACCAAGUCUAGAAGACUCCCUGGAGAGACGAAUCGCGAGUAUCUAGUCCGUACCGGCAAGAUCACGCCCUUCGCGAAUAUUGGCGGUGAUCGACCCCCUGGCUUCGAAGGCGAGCUUGCAGACGCUCUUGCGGAAGCUGAAGAGGAUGCAGCGGAGAACGACUUUCAAAGCGAUGACGAAGAGCCAAAGUCCCACCAGGUUCUGCGUAUGCCGGGCUUUGCCGAAGAGCCCGAAGCGCCAACUGCUCCAGCAGCUGUUGAGAAUGAAUUCUCCCUUCGGCCAAGAAAGAAGCGCAAGGUGAAGCAAGAGGCCUCGGAUGAGGAAUUUGAGCCAGAGGCUGCCGCUGUAUCGGAGGCAGAGAGCCAGUAUGCUUCUGACACGAGCGAAGAGGAGGCUACUGGCCGCAAGCGACGAAAAGGCCCCUCAAAGAAGAAGGCUACAGGUGCUGCGGCCGAUGAUGGAAAGGUCGACUUGGCCGGCGUCGACGAUGGCAAUGAGUCCAAUUACAAAUCACGACUAGCAGAUUGGGUGAAGAGGCGAAGCAGAGCCCGGCGGCGACGCGCCGAAGCUGAUGGGGUUGAGCUGGUCGAAGAUGAUGAUGAAGAAUGGUUCAAGCCGUCGCCUGACCAUCCUGACCAUGUCUUCGGUAACGGCUUGAAGUUGCCAGGCGACAUACACCCAUCUCUAUUUGCAUACCAGAAGACUGGAGUUCACUGGCUCGCGGAGCUUUACGAACAAGGCGUAGGCGGCAUCAUCGGCGAUGAGAUGGGCUUGGGCAAGACAGUCCAAGCAAUUGCCAUGGUAGCAGCUCUACACUACAGCAAGAAGCUUGACAAGCCCGUCAUCGUGGUUGUUCCUGCAACUGUUAUGAAGCAGUGGGUAAACGAGUUUCACCGAUGGUGGCCUCCACUGAGAGUCUCCAUCUUGCACUCUUCAGGAAGCGGCAUGAUGAAUCAACAUGAGGAUGAUUCUGAUCUGGAUGAUGGUGGGGAAAGUACCAAUCGUGUCGCUGCCCGGAGAAUCGUCAAUCGGGUUGUCAAGCACGGUCACGUGCUCGUAACCACAUACGCCGGUCUGCAAUCCUACAACGAAGAGCUUCUGCAGCACUCAUGGGGCUAUGCGAUCCUUGAUGAAGGCCACAAGAUCAGAAACCCUAACGCUGAAAUCACUGUUGCAUGCAAGCACCUGAAUACCGUGAACAGAGUCAUUCUCUCCGGCACCCCAAUCCAGAACAACCUGACUGAACUCUGGUCUCUCUUCGACUUCAUCUUCCCAAUGCGCCUAGGCACGCUGGUGAGCUUCCGGACGCAGUUCGAGCUCCCCAUCAAACAGGGCGGCUAUGCGAACGCAACCAACCUUCAGGUCAUAACAGCUGAAAAAUGCGCCACAACCUUGAAGGAAACCAUCAGCCAGUACCUUUUGCAGCGUCUCAAGAUUGACGUAGCAUCGGAUCUUCCAGAGAAGACAGAGCAGGUCUUAUUCUGCAAGCUGACUCAAUCUCAGCUCACGGCGUACACUAGGUUUAUAAGCUCUGACGCGGUUGGCGAGAUCAUGACGAGGAAACGGAAGGCUCUCUACGGGAUCGACAUUCUGCGGAAGAUCUGCAACCAUCCGGACCUACUUGAUGAUCGUCUGAAGAGGGAUGCGAAGUAUGACUGGGGCGACCCGGCAAAGUCAGGCAAGAUGCAGAUGGUGAACGAGCUUUUGCCAAUGUGGAAGCGUUUCGGACAUAAAACGCUGUUGUUCUCCCAGACCAAGUUGAUGCUCAACAUUCUUGAGAAGUUCAUCCGCAGAAUGGACGGCGUGAGCUACGUUCGCAUGGACGGUGACACGCCCAUCGAGCAGCGCCAGGCCUUGAUUGACCGCUUCAACCACGAUCCAUCCAUCGAUGUUUUCCUAUUGACGACAAGGACGGGAGGCUUGGGUAUCAAUCUUACGGGCGCAACACGCAUCAUCAUUUACGAUCCCGACUGGAAUCCCUCCACCGACAUGCAGGCUCGUGAGAGGGCUUGGCGACUAGGUCAAACAAAGGCAGUUGCUAUCUACCGGUUGAUGACAUCGGGAACCAUCGAGGAGAAGAUCUACCACCGACAAAUUUUCAAGCAGUUCAUGACCAACAAGGUCUUGAAGGAUCCCAAACAGCGUGCCAACUUUGACUUAUCUGACCUCUACGACCUCUUCAGUUUUGGCGACGCCGGCCAUAGCAUGGCAAGCGCCGACAGAAGCAAGAUCUUCCAGGGAGCAGAGGUCAAGUUCAACAAAGAAGAGGCUCAAGUACAGCACGACAAACCAUCCAAGGAUGCCAUGCCCAUCUCCUCUGUAGGCAAGGCGGAUGACGCGGAAGUCAACACCGUCCGAAAGCUAUCUGGAGUUGUGGCAAUGGAGGAGUACCACGAAGAGAAGGAGGUUCAUGAUGAGAAGCGCAUGACAGAGAACCUCUUUGCUCGGUCCGUGGAGAGCGCUUACGAGCACGAUCAGAUCAUGAACGGCAAGAAGUCGGUGCAGGCCGACAGCGCGAUGAACGAGCACGAGGCCAGAAAGGUGGCCGCCCAGGCUGCAGCUCAUCUCCGCCGAGCCGGCGAGGAAGCAAGAAACGUUCCCAUCGGGACUGUCACCUGGACUGGUGAAGUUGGUGACGGAGGCCGUCCUGGCGCCCAUCGCCGACGGGGAGGACCUAGUUCAUCUGGCGUGAUGAACAACCUAGCCGAUCGACAGGGACUGAGCAAACCAAACAGCAACUUGAAGCAGAAGGACUUUAUUCUUCUAAUCCAGAGCUUCAUCAAGCGCCACGGAGGCAAGGUCCCCAGCAAGAUGUUGGUAGAUCACUUCAACCCGUAUUGUCAGACGGCGAAACAAUCAGACGAAUUCAAGUCUGCGCUCGACAAGAUCGCCACCCUGAGCAAGAAAGGCACAGCCAGCACUGGCAGGGGUAUGUGGUCGCUCAAGCCGGGAUUCUAA